AUGGUGCUGCAGUUCGAGGCCCUGUACCCUGAGGGGAUGUGUCCCGGCUGGAGCAUCGUGGUCAAGGGUGAAACCAGUUCCAGCACAAGCAUGUUUGAAAUUAAUUUGCUCUGUGAUCCUGGAGACCAAAUUGCUCUCCACUUUAACCCUCGCUUCUCCAGCUCCAGAAUCAUCUGCAACUCCUUUCUUGCCAACAACUGGGGGAAGGAAGAGGUUAAUAAAAUCUUCCCCUUCCAAGCAAAGGAGCCAUUCCAGGUUGAAAUCUACUCUGACCAGGACUGUUUCCACAUUUUCAUUGAUGAAAACAAGAUCUUGCAGUACAAGCAUCGGCAGAAGAAGCUUUCAUCCAUCACCAAGCUGCAGAUUCUCAAUGACAUUGCCAUUUCUUCAGUGGAAAUCACCAAACGAGGCCUUUAG